GGAGAGAAGGAACUAGAAGAUUCUUGCAGACUUUAGAAAGGAAAGGCAAGCCCAGAAAGGAACUGAGGCUUUAGGGGAAGCCUGAUGUCAUUUUGCAAUCUUAAUUAAACUCUUACUUACAUGUUGAAAGUCUGACAGAGGGUACAGAAUUGGCACAGGAGGAGUACUAGCAGCAGUGGUUCCUAAAUGAAAUGGGCUAUUUCUGCUUCAUUACUUUAUUAAUCAGAGUUAAAUAAACAUGGGACAUAAGAGGAUGAUCUCUGCUUUCCAGGGACUGAUGUGGAAAUGGUAAACUCAGUCUUCAGGUCACUCCAUGCACAUGUAUGGAGACUAUUGAGGGAAACAAGUAGGACAGCGAUACAGUAAGAAGAGGGAUUACCCAACUGUGAGGAGGGGGACAUUUCACUGAUGAAAUCUAAAUGAGACAAGGGUGCUGAACCAGGAAGAGAUGGAGAAAGUAAAACGUGAAAAUGCUACAGUUAUGGAUAAGACCCGAGCUUUGAUUGACUCCGUUAUUCCGAAAGGGGCACAGGCAUGCCAAAUUUGCAUCACAUACAUUUGUGAAGAAGACAGUUACCUGGCAGGGAUGCUGGGACUCUCAGCAGAUCAAACAUCUGGAAAUUACCUUAAUAUGCAAGACUCUCAAGGAGUACUUUCUUCCUUUCCAGCUCCUCAGGCAGUGCAGGACAACCCAGCUAUGCCCACAUCCUCAGGCUCAGAAGGGAAUGUCAAGCUUUGCUCCCUAGAAGAAGCUCAAAGGAUAUGGAAACAAAAGUCGGCAGAGAUUUAUCCAAUAAUGGACAAGUCAAGCCGCACACGUCUUGCUCUCAUUAUCUGCAAUGAAGAAUUUGACAGUAUUCCUAGAAGAACUGGAGCUGAGGUUGACAUCACAGGCAUGACAAUGCUGCUACAAAAUCUGGGGUACAGCGUAGAUGUGAAAAAAAAUCUCACUGCUUCGGACAUGACUACAGAGCUGAAGGCAUUUGCACACCGCCCAGAGCACAAGACCUCUGACAGCACGUUCCUGGUGUUCAUGUCUCAUGGUAUUCGGGAAGGCAUUUGUGGGAAGAAACACUCUGAGCAAGUCCCAGAUGUAUUACAACUCAAUGCAAUCUUUAACAUGUUGAAUACCAAGAACUGCCCAAGUUUGAAGGACAAACCGAAGGUGAUCAUCAUCCAGGCCUGCCGUGGUGGCAACCCUGGUGUGGUGUGGUUUAAAGAUUCAGUAGGAGUUUCUGGAAACCUAUCUUUACCAACUACAGAAGAGUUUGAGGAUGAUGCUAUUAAGAAAGCCCACAUAGAGAAGGAUUUUAUCGCUUUCUGCUCUUCCACACCAGAUAAUGUUUCUUGGAGACAUCCCACAAUGGGCUCUGUUUUUAUUGGAAGACUCAUUGAACAUAUGCAAGAAUAUGCCUGUUCCUGUGAUGUGGAGGAAAUUUUCCGCAAGGUUCGAUUUUCAUUUGAGCAGCCAGAUGGUAGAGCGCAGAUGCCCACCACUGAAAGAGUGACUUUGACAAGAUGUUUCUACCUCUUCCCAGGACAUUAAAAUAAGGAAACUGUAUGAAUGUCUGUGGGCAGGAAGUGAAGAGAUCCUUCUGUAAAGGUUUUUGGAAUCAUGUCUGCUGAAUGAUAAACUUUUUUGAAAUAAUAAAUCUGGUAGAAAAAUGAAAA